ACUUCUUGACUUUGUCAUCUUUACAAGUUUUGACGUUUUUAAUUUCCAAUUUCUUAUGAUAUAAACGUUUCUGUAUCAUAGAAAUUUAAUGAAAAUAAAAGAAAGUUCUAACAAAUAAAACUCUUAACACCGUUCUUCCGUUACAACAGCCAUAAUUGCUUCCAAAAUGCAAAACGUUAACGCUCAGCGGGAGCCAGCUCCCGUCUUGAGCACAAGUUCGACAAUUCUAAAUAUGAGAGAAAAAGAAAAAUACAUUGAAGACUUUGACUUUCCCUUCUGCGACGAGUCUUCCAAGUACGAGAAAGUCGCCAAAAUAGGUCAAGGCACCUUUGGUGAAGUUUUCAAAGCACGAGCAAGGAAUAGUAGUAAGAAAUUCGUUGCGAUGAAAAAAGUACUUAUGGACAACGAAAAAGAAGGCUUUCCCAUAACAGCUCUGCGUGAAAUUAAAAUUUUACAACUUCUCAAACACGAUAAUGUCGUCAAUUUAAUAGAAAUAUGUCGUACAAAAGCGACAUUGCAUAAUAAAUAUCGUUCGACAUUUUAUUUAGUAUUCGAUUUUUGUGAACACGAUUUGGCGGGUUUGCUAUCAAAUGUUAAUGUUAAAUUUAGUUUAGGAGAAAUUAAAAAGGUUAUGCAGCAAUUGUUGAAUGGUUUAUAUUAUAUACAUAGUAAUAAAAUAUUACAUAGAGAUAUGAAAGCAGCUAAUGUGUUGAUAACAAAGAAUGGUGUGUUAAAGUUGGCAGAUUUCGGUCUAGCUCGAGCCUUCAGCGUUGCGAAGGCUGGACAAGUCAACAAAUAUACUAACAGAGUGGUCACAUUGUGGUAUAGACCACCGGAGUUGUUAUUAGGUGAUAGAAAUUACGGUCCUCCCGUAGAUAUGUGGGGUGCUGGAUGCAUUAUGGCGGAAAUGUGGACUAGAUCGCCUAUUAUGCAGGGUCCUACAGAACAGCAGCAAUUGAUCUUAAUAUCCCAACUAUGUGGUUCCUGCACACCUGAUGUGUGGCCAGGAGUUGAGAACCUGGAUCUGUACAAUAAAAUGGAACUCCCCAAGGGCCAGAAGAGGAAGGUCAAGGAACGCCUAAAGCCUUAUGUUAAGGACCCAUAUGGUUGUGAUUUACUCGACAAAUUGCUGCAAUUGGAUCCUGCAAAACGAUAUGAUGCAGACACGGCGUUGAAUCAUGAUUUCUUCUGGACGGACCCUAUGCCAUGUGAUUUAGCGAACAUGCUCGCCCAACACACACAGAGUAUGUUCGAAUACUUAGCGCCACCACGGAGGCCAGCACACUUGCGUCAUCAUCAUCACGUCGCUGGUGCACAGGCGAAGCCCUCGCAACCCGUUGCUGAUUCUGGGUACCAGGACCGUGUCUUCUGAGCGGUCAGACGCCGGUCCCGACAUCGCGGGGCAAAGCCCUAAUU